GAGGAAGGAAGCAAGAAAGGAAGGAGCGCGGGGCGCUGUCUCUUCGAAACGAGGACCCAACACCACAGGACGGUUGGGAAAAAGGUGGUGGACUGCCACGCCGCGGGGGAGCCCGCGAGGGUCGUGGUCGGAGGGCUGCCCACCGUGCCCGGCGCCACCAUGCUGGAGAAGCGGGCUCACGUGAUGGAGCACCUCGACGGGCUGCGGAAGCUGCUCAUCACGGAGCCCCGAGGCCACGUGCACCAGGUUGUUCGAUAAGCACCCUCACCGUGCCAGUCCGCCCGACGGCCCGUUCUAGCCCCUACGCGCAUCGAGCCCACCCCUUCACGCGACCCAGCCCUUCCACGCCCUGCGCAGGACAUGCCCAUUCGACCGCCCCCCCACAACGCGAUCCAUCCCCAAGCAAGCAAACAAACAAACAAACAAACAAAACAACAACCAGACAAGAAAAGACUGUCAGCAGGUGCCCUGCGGGAGUUCCGUCUGCCCCGAUGGCCUCGGGGGGGCCACAGAACCCCAGGGGCACAUCAGGGAGCUCAAAGCUGGACAACAAGCGUGCCCUGGGAUUUCUUCAAGCCAGUCCUCUGGCGACGAUCGCAUGCGCCUGCUGCACGGAGACCAAAGGCUACCCCUGCCAAAACGCGAACCUCGUGUUCCCAGCGGCCGACCCCCGGGCAGCCUUCGGCUUCGUGAUCUUGGAGCAGAACAAGAUAUACCCGGCGAUGUCGGGGCACAACACCAUGUGCGUCGCCACCGCGCUCCUGGAGACCGGCAUGGUGCCCAUGGUGGAGCCAGUGACAGAGUUCGUGCUGGAGGCCCCCGGGGGGCUCAUCCGGAAGAUAACUGCCGCGUGCAGCAACGGCAAAGCGACGGACAUACGGUUCAUGAACCAGCCCGCGUUCGUGGCACCCCAAUGCUUGGAUCUGGAGGUCGAGGUGCCCCAACUCGGCACCGUGCGCCUCGACGUCGCAUGGGGGGGUGGCAUGUGGUACGCUGUGGUGGACGCCGCGCCCUUGGGCCUGGAGCUCCUGCCCAUGCACGAGGAACUGUGCCGCGCGGGUGAGAUGAUCAAGGUGGCCACGAGGGAGCAGCACCAGGUUAACCACCCCGAGUUCGACUACCCCGGUCCGGACAUCAUGGUGUUCCGGGGGCCCGCCGUCUCCCCCAAGGCAAGCGCGCGGAACGUGGUGGUGAUGUCAAACGGCGUGUUGGACUGGCAGCGGCCAGCGACCUGGACGGGCAUGAUCGACCGCUCACCUUGCGGCACGGGCACGUGCGCCGUCAUGGCCACGGCUGUCCCGCCAUUCAUUCUGAGGGGCACGGUGCGGAGAGGACUUCGUGCACGAGUCCAUCAUCGGCACGACCUUCACGGGGAGGCUGCACUCCGAGGACAACGUCCGUGGCCGGGAUCCCGGCGGUGGUCCCCAGCGUGUCGGGCCAGGCUUGGAUCACGCAGCUGGCCUCCGUCAUCCUCGAGCCCGAGGAUCCGUUCCCCGAGGGGUACACUCUCGGGGAUAUCUGGAGCGAGUGAGCAAGCAUGCCGCGUACAUCUUCCGCCACUUGCCCUUUCUGUUUUGCCCCAUUUCGCUCCUCAUGCUCCUCCCCCGCUCCACCCUCCCAGUCAUACCCCCAGUUAUAGCUCUAUGUCGAUUGCAAGUCUCGCAGCCGGAUCUUUGGCAAGAGCAGGUCCGAGGCGGUUGCGAAGGCCGAGCGCGUCGUUUUUGUUUCUGUGUGGCACUGGAGCUGAAGGCCUCUGCUGACCAGCGGCGGAGGCCAGCUCUCCGCUGGAAGCUGUUGUUUGCGCCGCUCCGCCAAAA